AUGGGAAGCAGCAAUGAGCUGAAGUCGGAGAGCUUGCUGGAGCUGAUGAAAGAGCACCUGACCACUGAUGCCGGCAAACAAAUCACAAAGAAGAUCGGCCUCGUCUAUCAGAUCAACAUCGCCCCCAAGAAAAUUGGGUUUGAUGAGGUCAUUUUCACCGUUGAUCUUAAGAAGGGGGAGGUCAAGAAAGGGCCAUAUGAAGGAGGGAAGCCAGAUGCAACUUUUUCCUUCAAGGAUGACGAUUUUGUGAAGGUUGCGCUGGGCAAGAUGAACCCACAAGUUGCUUUCAUGAGGGGUGCCAUGAAGAUCAAGGGCAGUCUGAGUGCAGCCACGAAAUUUACUCCUGACAUAUUCCCCAAGCCUGCCAAGAUGUGA